UAGCUUUUCCCUUGUGAAAUUGCAAUGUUCACUUCUUUAAUAUUUUCUUGUUGCAGCUGUAUAUCCGACACCAACUUAUACUGCUCCACUGUUGCCCCCAGUCCCACCGGACAGUGAUAGCACAAACACAACUAUAUUUGUUGGUGGCUUGGACCCUAAUGUCGGUGAAGAAGAACUGAAGCAGAUCUUUUCACAAUUUGGAGAACUUAUCUAUGUUAAGAUCCCUGCUGGAAAGGGAUGUGGCUUUGUGCAGUUCAGCACUAGGGCAUCUGCUGAAGAGGCAAUACAAAGGACCCAUGGAAGCAUGAUUGGUCAACAAAUUGUAAGGCUCUCUUGGGGUAGAAGCCCAACAAGCAAGCAGGAUCAACCUGGUGCCUGGGGUCAACAAGCCGAUCCAAACCAAUGGGCAUAUUAUGGUUAUGGCUAUGAUCCUUAUGGUUAUGCAACCGCACAAGAUCCAUCUUUAUAUGCAUAUGGUGCUUAUGCUGGAUAUGGGCAAUACCCUCAACAGGUUGAAGGUUUGCCGGAUAUGACAGCAAUGGCAGCUGCAGUGCCGACUGUGGAGCAUAGAGAGGAACCCUACGAUCCAUUGGCUAUACCUGAUGUUGAUAGAUUGAAUGCUUCUUACCUUGCUGUUCAUGGAAGUUCGUUACUGGGAAGGCCUUUAUGGUUGAAGACAUCAGCUCUACCUCAGCAAGCUUAGCUUUUCAUGUGCUAGUCUUCAGUUAAAUGUUCGCUAUUUUCUCAAAGGUUUAAAUGGUCUCUGCUUGUUUAAGGGAGUCUGUGAACGAGGGGCGACGUCCACAAGUUUGCUGACAACAUCUUGCCAGGACGGAUGAAGAUGAAACUCAGGCCUUCUAUGUACACAAAGCUUAUGAACACGAAAAUCAGGCCGACUACAGUGUAUAAUGGGUGUCACCUGGACUAGUCGUCGUAUUCCCCAGUAAUAUUCUGUAGUCAACAUGUAUUAUAUAAUCAAAUCUGCGUACUGUCAUGGUGGUAUGUCUGGUUUGAUUCUCUUCAUCAAGGUUACAGAUUAGGUGUUACUUUCUCUAGUUAUGUAAGAGCCACUGGUUAGAAGUCUUCUAGAAAAUUGAAGAAGCAUAGAGCACUUUUUGUAUGCGCCCAACUUGGCUUGGUUCUGAAAUUGAUGAUCCCCGGCAGAACAUAGUGUAAUGCUAUUAUUCACUUCAAGUUGAUGUGCUUCCAGUUA